AUGAUUGGGAAUCACUGUAUAGUGACGGGCAGUCUCCUGCACAUCUUCUCUCGCAAAGAGAGGGCCAAGCGAAAGCGCCAAUCGCAAGAGGUCGAGCAUCUGGGAUCGCUUCCAGUGCCUCCCGCCUAUCGAUCGGAGUUUCAUCCUACAUCCCAUUCCGGGCCUCGUUCAGCACAUCCUCGGCCACUCUCCUCCUUUGCACCCACGCUAGACUCUUACCAACAGGCCCAGCUGAGUCGGAAUCCACCCAGCGGAUACCACCCCUCGCAUCCCCCCCAGAGAGACUCCCGCGCCGCAUAUCAAUAUCACGGCAGUAGCUCAGAACAGAGUGCUCCCUCGUACCAACAGACAUCCCAUGGUCACUCGAACCAUCUCCCUCAUCACUCACAUUCCAAUCCCCAUUCAAAUCGACAUGACACCUCUCGCACAUCAGUCGAUGUCCCCGGGUAUCCAGCCCUGCCCACCUACGACCCUUCCAAGUACCCCCCGAUUCAGCCCUCUGGGACCGACUCCACCGCAGACCGAUUCGCCUGGAAUCCGUUGCAGAGCCAUGGCUAUCCCCCCGGACAAGGCCAAUCAUCGCGGCUGAGCGAGGUGCACUAUCACGACGCGCGACCAUCGUCCAUGUACGUUCACCCGCCGCGGAUCCCAAACGGGUCGGCCGCACUUCCUGUACCCCAGCAUCGAGCGGUUGCGCAAGUUCGGAAUCAGCCGCCCAUCCCAUCUCUACGGCAUGGCUCCAUGGAGCAUCACCGCGCUGCGCGACCUGGUGAUGGGAGGGAACGUAGUCUGUCUGAGCCAAUGCCCGUCGGCAUUGCACCGAGUCACCGGGGGCCACGACGGCCCAAGCCGGUCUUGUCACGGUUGAUUACCAAUUUCGGGAACCAGUAG